UAAAAAACAACUCACGAAUUCCUAGCAAGUGAGAUUAAAAUCAUCAAAAAUGUGCCAUUAAAUCGUAGAAAACUGCCUUAAAACAUUGGCAAAUGUUUCUUUAACACGUAAAGUUGUGUUUCACGUCGUUAUCCAGCAGUUUCAAGCGGCAGAGAGUGGAGAAAAGCGUUUCACUAAAGCCAACACAUCAAACCACCCAAACGUACGUGUGGGAGGUCCUGAAAACACCCGUACUAAAAACAUCUGUUUCGGAAAAGAGAACAGCGAAAUAAGAUUUGAAAAUGGAAGAUAUUUUCCAUUGGUGUCGUGAGGGAAACUCGAUCCAGGUGCGCCUGUGGCUGGACGAUACGGAACAUGAUAUGAAUUUGGGUGAUGAUCAUGGGUUUAGCCCAUUGCACUGGUGCGCCAAGGAAGGACAUACCAAGCUGGUGGAGAUGUUGCUGCACCGUGGCGCACGGGUUAAUGCAACAAACAUGGGCGACGAUAUACCUCUUCACUUGGCAUCAGCCCACGGCCAUUAUGAUAUUGUGCAGAUGCUUAUGCGCCAUCGAUCGGAUGUGAAUGCGGCGAAUGAGCAUGGAAAUACGCCACUGCAUUAUGCAUGCUUCUGGGGCUAUCAGGCCAUUGCGGAGGAGUUGGUCAAUAAUGGUGCAUUGAUUUCGUUAGCCAACAAGGACGGUGACACGCCGCUAGAUAAGGCGAAAACGUUACUAGCUACACGUUUACACAAUCUGGCGGUUGAGAGUGGACAGGAGCUGAAGAAAAUUAGCUUCAAGGAUCAGGGGUGGUCAGGCAUGAAAACGCGCUCCCGCGAUGCCACACUGUCCCGCUUCAAGGGCAUCAACAUCCAGGAGCUGACACUUCACAACAAGGUCGCGAUAACGCCCGUCGGUGAAACAUGGCGUGGUCGCUGGCAGAACAACGAAAUCAUUGCAAAGAUUCUUGCGAUACGCGAGUGUACCGCGCGUGUGGCGCGCGAUUUCAACGAAGAGUUUCCGAAACUACGAAUUUUUUCCCAUCCAAACAUUUUGCCCGUCCUCGGUGCGUGCAAUGCACCGACGAAUUUGAUCGUUAUCAGCCAGUACAUGCCGCGCGGUUCGCUGUACGAUUUGCUGCACGGUACGGCCGGAAUUGUAGUCGAUACGGCACAAGCGGUCCGAUUUGCGCUCGAUAUUGCACGCGGUAUGGCGUACCUGCACUCGCUCGAACGCAUCAUCCCGGAGUAUCAUCUGAACAGCUUCCACGUUAUGAUCGACGAUGAUCUUACCGCACGUAUCAACAUGGCGGACGCAAAGUUCUCCUUCCAGGAGCGGGGCCGCGUUUAUCAGCCCGCCUGGAUGAGCCCGGAAAUGUUGCAGAAAAAGCGCAGCGAACGCAACUGGGAGGCGGCCGAUAUGUGGAGCUUUGCGAUCUGCAUCUGGGAGCUGGCAACGCGUGAAAUCCCGUUCGCUGACUUGACCCCGAUGGAGGCCGGUAUGCGGAUCGCUACGGAGGGUUUGCGGGUAACGAUUCCGCCCGGUACUUCGCCCCAUCUGGCGAAGCUGAUCAAAAUCUGCAUGAACGAGGAUCCGGGCAAGCGCCCGACGUUCGAUAUGAUCAUACCAAUACUCGACAAAAUGAAGCGUUAGUUUCAUUGGUUAAGAACGAUGUAUACGUCGGUGGUGUACCUUUUUCACCAGUGUGUGCCUCUUCGCGACAAGUGGUCUUUUUUGAACGGUGUGCAACGAGAACUAACCUGAAAGGAUUAUUUAUUUUUUUUCCACAAUGGAUCAAUUAUUCUUUCUCCCUCCGUAUGCCAAUUUGAACGAAACAACAAAAUAUCUUUUAUCGACCCCUAUUUCUUACCAACUUAAAACAAUAACGAUUUUGUCGUUGAAUCGUCGUUUUUAUGUCGUUAUGUUAUUAAUAACAGUGCCUUAACUAUAACAAGCAAACGAUCAAUUAGCAAACGAGUAGUGGGAAAGUAUUACACAGUUCUUAACGUUAGACAAACCGAACAGUUAAUACGGAAGCACAAAACACGGGUUUGGAAAGCAACAUUUCAACUCACGAUUAGUUCUGUUCGUUGUUUUUUUGCUUUUAAAAUGUAUGUUGUAAUCGUUUGUUGACUCGAAGUAACUCUCCAAACAACUAAACACUCUUAACUGUGCGUUGUAGUUAUUUAGAAUUAAUCGAUGUAUUUUUG